AAAUAGGAAUACCACCUCUUUUACAAUUUCAAAGUCAGUUCCCAUUCCUUGUGCGAAUAGCUCCUCUGCCGUUUAUCGCGCGCAUCUCGAUCUUAUCUAAGGCAUUCCAUCUCAUCUCUAAACAAUCACAAUUUCCAUCCAAAAAAUGCCGAAGGCCCCGAGGUCCAAGAAACCGCCCGCGGAUUACGAGAAGGUAGAGCCCACACUUACCAAACUACUAGCUAAGUUGAAAGAGGCCCAGAGUACGUCGCUUCAAAGCUCGACCGCCAACAAACACUCGUCGUUAUGGCCCAUACUUAAGCUAAACCACCAAAUCUCCAGGUACGUGUAUAGUAUGUAUUACCAGCGCAAGGCCAUCUCCAAGGAGUUGUACGAUUAUCUUAUACGGCAAAAAUAUGUCGACGCCGACUUGAUCGCAAAAUGGAAGAAACAGGGCUACGAAAACUUGUGCUGUGUGGGCUGUAUUGUGGUGAGCGAGAAAAACCACGGCACAACGUGCAUUUGUCGAGUCCCCCGAGCAGAUGUCGAUGGCAGAAACCAGGACGGCUGUGUCACGUGUGGCUGCAGAGGCUGUUUCUCAAGCGACUAGCGGGCUAUAAACAAGCUUCGAAUUAAGUAAUACAUGUCAGGAAUAGAGAAGAAUUAUAUAUGCGAGCCAGCGGAGCCUGCGUUAAACGAGAACGCCCGGCCCCAA